UUGAGACUUGGGUUUCUCUGCAGACAGGCUCGCCCGAGCGGAGUGUCGCUGAAGAUAGUGGCUAUACGAGGAGUAUCGAAGAGCGUUCGAAGCAGAAACUUACUUUUUUUUUCUUUAAGAAAUGACCUAAAUCCUCUCGGGUUAGAAGUUACCUUGAAGACUUGCCGAUCGGCAUUUGAAUUGCCACCGUCGCAUAUUUGAUUUGUCUGUUUUAAGUGUGGCUAGCUUACAACCGGGAUCAUUUUACGGGAAGGAAGGAACAUUCCGUUCUCGGGCCCCUUUCGUACAAGUCAGGGAUGAGUUCUCCAGACUACCAUAGCUGGCUCUAGACAGAUGGGAAAAAUUUAUCAGCAGCACCAUAAAGGUGCAACCCAUUGCAGAACUUUUACUCCAACCUACAUCAACUGAUGAAGUGACCACAAUCUGCCAAAAAAGUCUGCAGAGAGCGAGCAGGAGGACUUUCAGUUUUUCUAUGAAAACAUACAAAAAAAGAUUUGCAUGUGGAGGUAUUUUUGUGUGUAUGUGUGUGAACAAGAGUAUUUGAAAUCAUAUCUGUGUAACAGGGUUUGUUUGGGGGGGGGAGGGAUUUGGCUCAGUAAAUGAUCAGUGCUGGACACGUUUAUCAUUGUGGUACUUCUGGAAUAUUUAUCACUAACGCAAAGCCAACAAGAUGAGUGCAGAGGGAUACCAGUACAGAGCGCUUUAUGACUACAAGAAGGAGAGGGAAGAGGACAUUGAUUUGCACAUUGGCGACAUACUGGUCGUGAGCAAGGGGGCACUACUGGCACUGGGGUACAGUGAUGGGUUUGAGGAGAAGCCUGAGGACAUAGGCUGGCUGCCUGGCUUCAAUGAAACCACACAAGAGAAGGGUGACUUCCCUGGAACCUACGUUGAGUUCAUUGGGAAGAAGAAAAUAUCGCCCCCAACACCAAAACCACGGCCGCCAAGACCCCUGCCUAUUGCUCCUGGCGCCUCAAAAGCUGACUCGGACACAGAGCAAGCCGCCACCACGCUGCUGGACCUGACGGAGCAGUUCGCACCCCCAGAGGCGGCCCCACCCAUGCUCGUCAAGCUGCUGGAGGCCAUCGAGAGGAAAGGUUUGGAGUGCCCAACGCUGUACAGGACAUUCACAGCCGGAGGAGGCCUGGAAGUCAGACAGUGCUUUGAUAGUGACUCCCCGUCUGUGGACCUGGAGCAGGUGGAGCUGCAGGCUCUGUGUGAUGGGCUGAGGCGGUACCUGCAGGACCUGCCCCACCCGCUCAUCCCCACCUCCAUCUACAGCGAGAUGGUGAACGCAGCCCAAGAGGUGCAGAACCCCGAGGAGUGCGCCCAGCUGCUGCGGGGGAUCGGAGGCUCGGCCAGCGUCCCGCCCCAGUACUGGCUCACCCUCCACUGCCUCGUCAAGCACUUCAGCAGGGUGUGCCAGAGCACGGGCAAAAACCUGCUGAGCGCCCGCACCCUGGGCGAGAUCUUCAGCCCGCUGCUCUUCAGACAGCAGGCCUCCGGCUGCGAGCCCAGCCCGGACUCCCACGUCAAGAUCAUAGACGUCCUGAUCAGCAGCGAGUGGGGGGAGAGCCAGGCAGCUCCAGCACUGCCUCCUAAACCACCCAAACCCGUCCCCGUCACCAACAACGGUAUGAACAACAACAUGGCUCUGCAGGACGCCGAGUGGUACUGGGGAGACAUCUCCAGGCAAGAGGUGAAUGAGAAGCUGAGAGACACAGCUGAUGGUACGUUCCUGGUCCGCGACGCCUCCACAAAAAUGCACGGAGACUACACGCUCACUUUGAGGAAAGGAGGCAACAACAAGCUCAUUAAAAUUUUUCAUCGGGACGGGAAGUAUGGUUUCUCAGACCCACUGACCUUCAACUCGGUGGUGGAGCUCAUUAACCACUACAGACACGAGUCCCUGGCCCAGUACAACCCCAAGCUGGACGUAAAGCUCCAGUACCCCGUAUCCAAACACCAGCAGGAUCAGGUGGUGAAAGAAGACAACAUCGAGGCAGUGGGGAAGAAGCUGCAGGAGUACCACCUGCAGUACCAGGAGAAGAAUAAAGAGUACGACAGGCUGUACGAGGAGUACACCAGAACCUCACAGGAAAUCCAAAUGAAGAGGACGGCCAUCGAAGCUUUCAAUGAGACUAUCAAAAUAUUCGAGGAGCAGUGCCAAACACAAGAGCGGUACAGCAAGGAGUACAUCGAGAAGUUCAGGAGGGAGGGAAACGAGAAGGAGAUCCAGAGGAUCAUGGUGAACUACGAGAAGCUCAAGUCGCGCAUCAGCGAGAUCGUGGACAGCAAGCGCCGGCUGGAGGAGGACCUGAAGAAGCAGGCGGCCGACUACAGGGAGAUCGACAAGAGGAUGAACAGCAUCAAGCCUGACCUCAUCCAGCUCCGCAAGACCAGAGACCAAUAUCUCAUGUGGCUGACCCAGAAAGGAGUCCGGCAGAAGAAACUCAACGAGUGGCUGGGAAUCAAGAACGAGAACACGGAAGAUCAGUACUCCAUGGUGGAAGACGACGAGGACCUCCCGCACCAUGACGAGCGGGCCUGGAAGCUGGGCAACAUCAACCGGACCCAGGCGGAGUCCCUGCUCCGGGGGAAGAGGGACGGGACAUUCCUGGUGCGGGACAGCAGCAAGGCGGGCUGCUACGCCUGCAGCGUAGUUGUGGACGGCGAGGUGAAGCACUGCGUCAUCAACAAGACGCCGACGGGGUACGGAUUCGCCGAGCCCUACAACCUGUACAGCUCGCUGAAAGAAUUGGUCCUGCACUACCAGCACACAUCACUUGUACAGCACAACGACUCUUUGAAUGUCACGCUAGCUUACCCAGUCUACGCGCAGAGGCGGUGAGACCUGCGAUGGUGUAGAGAGACACAAAGAAAGGACCCUGGGACUCAGGAGACUGAGAGGGGCCUCUCUGCAAACGGAAACGCCUCGUUUCGCGCUGGAGGAAACCACGGCAGGCUCCAUUUUGUAUUUUCACAGACUCACCUGGAGAACAUUUCAGCAGCGGACUCUGGACAACGUGGAGCAGUGAAUGUAGUUUUCUUUCUCGUGUGCUUUUACUGGACGAAGCACACAAAUCAAUGGGAAACUGCUGAACUAUCUCCCAAAGCGGAGGACAUAAGAGGCCUUUUCUUCUUGGUGCUUGUUCUUUUCAAAGCUUUACCAGCUGGAAUGUCAAACGCUGAUCAAACGCAGUUUUUUUUUUUUGUACAGUUUUGUUUCUUCCCUCCUCCCAUCGUUGUUUUUGUUUCUCUCGUCCCUCCAAGCGUGUGUGCGUCAGUGUACGGAUGUGUAUGAGUGCAUGUGCGACCAAAACGGGGUAGGGCGGGGAUGGUCGAUACAGUUCUGUUAAUCGUCCAUUAACAAAACUUGGAUUAAUGUAGCAAGAUGGCACUUUUUUCUUUUUACAGACAGAAUAAGAUUCUCUGGAAAAGACUUUCUUUGGAAAGAAAACACUCAUGGCAAGAUACCUUCCCCACCCCCGAAAGCAUUAUAAUGCAGACUCAGACUUGAACUUGUUCUGAACUGUGGACAAGCAAAUCUAACAGUGGCAGGAUUAGAAAUGCACACGGUACACACACAUAAUCCAUAUAACGUCAUUACUUAUAGUUCAAAACCAAAAAUAUUCAGUUUAUUUUCAGAUUUAAUGCCAGUUCUGCUAUGCAAAUCUAUAUCUCCCUUACUUUCUCAAAGCAUUUUUUCCACAUGUAGCUACACAUAAUAUAAGCUUGUUUUAUUGCUUGAAACAUUUUCGUUUCAUCAGUGUCCAAGAGGCUAUUUUGUGUCAAAUGCCAGGAAAUUAACCGGCAUCACAGUUUUAAAAAGUAUACUUGUUUUUUUUUUUUCAGCAACUGGUCUGAACUCCACUGUAAAAAAUAUAUAUAUAAUAAAGUUUUAUUAGUUUUAAAGUUUUUACUUCAAACUCAUUUCUCUUAGGCAGAGCCUAUUGAGAAUUUAAAAGCUGCUUCAAUCAAUAAAUGGAAACAUAUUUCAAAAGAGCCACCCCUACUGUUUUUAUCAAAGAUCAAUUCCUGAAACUAGAGCACUCUACAGAGGGUUAUUGGAGAAUUCUUAGAUGUAGAUUAUAGAUGGCUAUAGUAAUCAGUUGGGGGCAUGUCUAACCUAUGAAGUACCCUGGUGUUCACAUGCAUUUAGACCUAUGUCCACAGGAAAGACCGUAUAAUUUUUUAUUUUGUAAUAAGUAUUUUUUUCACGCGAGUAAAGAAACUUGGUGUGUUGGAAUGCCGCAAAAUGUAAUUGAAAUGAUCAGUUAUGAGAUGAAAAAUGUUACCUUUCUCAUUCCUAGUUCACAUAGUAUUUUUUCUGUAUCAGAAAAUUCCUUAUGAGUGUUUACAUGAAUAAAACAAUUCAUGUCUCUUAGUCCUCAAUUUUGAUGCUAAAAUAAAUAUCCAUGCUAUGCCAAUAAAUAGUAGCUCUGUUACUCUGAGAAGAAUAAAGUACCAAAUUCAAUUUAGCUGCCAAACGAAUACUUGUUUCUAGUAGUACAUCUUUUCACCACUGCUGUAUUUUCAUUUCCAUAAUUGUCAUUUCUUGUAUCAUUUCUUUCCAUUUUGACAAAAUCUCAAUUUAUUGCGUACAGUACAGCUGUGGCUCAUAGAAUGGAUUGAGGUUAAUACUGCACCACAGCUCAGUGAUUGGAAGAGGAAUAUUGCUGAGACUUGAUGCAAAUAUGAAAUCAUUAUGACGCCCUGUGAAUUUUCCAAGCAGUCUUGCUUUGUACUUGGUGCUCUUGACAUUUCAGCCCUGUGCUCUGUAAAAAUGUGGCAAGCACGAAUGAAAACAAGCAUUUUAUGCUAUAGAUUGAUGUUGACUCCCAAGGUAAUUGUUAUCCUCCAAAAUGAUUAUAUUCUCAUUUUUUGUUGAAAGGUGUGUUUGCCUUAAAAUAAUUUAGAUACGUUUUAAAUUACAUCCCUGGUCAGCUGUUUUGAACCUAACCAUUUAUGUUGUACCUCUAUUAGAGAUUUUUUUUAAGUACUAGUAUAUUUUCAAUUCCCUUUCCUUUUGGAAAAUGUAACAUUUUGUCACGUCCAUAUUUAGUUCUAAUCUUUAAACGCCUAGCUGCGUCCUGUAUGCAGAGUAAUCUUUGUGCAGCCAAGCCCUUUUGACAUCCUGAUAGGAAUGGGUCCAAGGACUAAAGAGGUGCUAUGCAUAAAUGUCAUAUAACCGUCAGAAAGGUGGUACCAAAAUUAUAACCUGAAAGGAAAAAAAAAAGAAAAGAAAAAAAAGGUAGGCAUUUGCAAGUGGUGCAACAUGAAUGUGAAUAACGAUGUCCCUGGUGUAAACUCUGUUUACAGUCAUUUUUUUCUUUGUAAGUGUAUGACCUCUGAGCUUAUGUUGCCCCAAAUGGGCUGUGGAAUUGUCCUACGGCUAAACUAUAUAAGCGCACAUGUCACUUACAGCAGUGCAAUGGAAAGAUUAAGGGUUAUAUACAUGCUGUGGUAUGACACCGAUGACAGACCAGUUCUUUUUUUGUCAACUCAAGGCUUUUGCUACACAAAAUCAGGCCUGUGCAUCAAAACCAGUGCAACCGUGCCAAAUGCUCACAAUGUACGCUUCACUUUGGCGGAGAUGACCUUUUCAUUACAGCUAAAGUGAUGCCAGCACCAGGUGCACUGGGCAUUUCUAAAUGGAAUACAACUAAACCGAUUUCUUUCUGGAGCUCAUGAACUCAGACCAUGGAUAUGACCCCAGGUAAAUGUCCGCAUGUGCCCCUUAGGGAGGUACUGGUCUGUGCAAGCUCCUAGAGUUUCUGGCCCAUGGUCUUGUUUGUUUCACUUGAUUUUUCCAAUGUGUUGUCUUUGGUUCCUCAAUCACUGUCCCUGUGAAAACCAGCACUAUUUUGAGGCUUUGAUUUUUUCAAAAUAAUGACUAAACGAUAAAAAAAAAGCUGAAGAUAGAUGAACAAAAGAUCAGGACUAGGUGGCCUGAUCAGACAGGUAACCGUGAGAUGAUGGAAGUUGCAGAUGUGUUGAUCAAGAUUUAAUCAGUGUUCCCCUGUUUUAAAACUGCUUCACACCUGUAUUGGGCUUUGUUAAAAGAAAAUAAAAAGUUGUUUUUUUGCAACAA